AUGACCUACCGUAGAGACCUUUUGCGGUCUCAACUAGCUAGAGGUUUCGAAUUAGAGUCAAGUAUGCAUGCGAUGUCAUGGGCCUUGGCUUAUGUUAUAGUAGUAGUAGUAGCGUGUUUCAGUAGUAGUAUAAUGUGUGGUGUGUGGUGCAGGCUCGGGUCGGGCAGCGAGUGCGGCGGCGGCGGCGCGCCCGCUCCGCAGUCGGCGCGCGUCACGUCCAACGGCGCUGGCGGGAUGGCCGUCAGCCGGGUGCCGAGCCCGCUGCACGACGGGAACACGCCCGUCGCCGAGAACUGGUGCUUUACACAGGUUAAGGUAGUAAAGUUCAGUUACAUGUGGACAAUAAAUAAUUUUAGUUUCUGUAGAGAAGAGAUGGGAGAGGUGUUAAAGUCAUCGACGUUCUCAGCCGGUGCUAGUGACAAGUUAAAGUGGUGCCUCCGCGUCAACCCAAAGGGUCUGGACGAGGAGAGCAAAGACUAUUUAUCAUUAUAUUUAUUAUUAGUGUCGUGUAAUAAAUCAGAAGUGCGUGCUAAGUUUAAGUUCUCCAUACUGAACGCGAAACGUGAAGAGACAAAGGCCAUGGAAUCACAGCGCGCUUACAGAUUCGUGCAGGGCAAGGACUGGGGAUUCAAGAAGUUUAUUAGGAGAGACUUUCUACUAGACGAAGCCAACGGUCUCUUACCAGAAGACAAGCUCACUAUAUUCUGUGAGGUAUCCGUAGUAGCGGACAGUAUCAAUAUUAGCGGGCAGAGCAACGUGGUACAGUUCAAAGUACCUGAAUGCAGAUUAUCAGACGACCUCGGCGCGUUGUUUGACAACGAGAGGUUCUCUGACGUCACGCUAGCUGUCGGAGGCAGGGAAUUCCAGGCGCACAAAGCUAUAUUAGCCGCAAGGAGUCCAGUAUUCGCGGCGAUGUUUGAACACGAAAUGGAGGAAAGGAAACGGAACAGAGUCGACAUUACAGACGUGGACCACGAGGUGUUGAGAGAGAUGCUGCGGUUCAUAUACACGGAUAGGGCGCCCAACUUGGAGAAGAUGGCUGACGAUUUACUGGCCGCAGCUGAUAAGUACGCCCUGGACCGCCUGAAGGUGAUGUGUGAGGAGGCGCUGUGCCUGUCUCUAUCAGUGGACACGGCCGCCGACACGCUCAUACUAGCCGACCUACACUCCGCAGACCAGCUGAAGGCGCAGACUAUAGACUUUAUUAACACAAGUCACGCGACCGACGUGAUGGACACGGCCGGGUGGAAGAACAUGAUCUCCUCGCACCCGCACCUCAUAGCCGAGGCCUUCCGGGCCCUAGCGACGCAGCAGCAGCAGAUCCCGCCCAUAGGCCCGCCGCGCAAGAGGGUGAAGCAGGCCUAG